AUGCCCCGGGGGACGCGCCGGAGCCGGGUGAGCGCCCUGGAGGGCGGCCUGGAGGAAGAGGCGCCCCCACCGGCGGCCGCUGAGCGCUCGGCGUAUUUAGAGUGUCCGUGGCAGACGGAGGCGGCGGCCGAGCAGACUCUGCUGCGGGGCAUCUUCGAGAUCGGGAGGGACAGCUGCGACGUGGUGCUGAGCGAGAGGACCCUGAGGUGGCGGCCCAUUCGGCCCGAGCGCCCAGCGGGUGAUUCCAAGUUCACAUUGCAAUGUAAGGAAGAAUUUAUUGAACUCAAAGAUGUGUUCUCUGUGAAGCUGAAACGGCGUUUCUCUGUCAGACAACAGAAAAGUGGUACUUUAUUAGGUAUUACACUUUUCAUCUGCUUGAAAAAGGAACAAAAUAAAUUAAAGAAUUCUACACUUGAUCUUAUUAAUUUAAGUGAAGAUUAUUGUGAUACGUGGUUUAGACAAUUCAAGAAAAUUUUGGCAGGUUUUUCAAACAGACCAAAGUCAUUAAAAAUACUCCUCAACCCCCAAAGUCACAAGAAAGAAGCUAUUCAGGUCUAUCAUGAGAAGGUUGAGCCUCUGUUGAAGCUUGCAGGAAUAAAGACUGAUGUAACAAUAACAGAAUAUGAAGGGCAUGCUGUGUCACUGCUUCAGGAAUGUGAGCUUCAGGGAUUCGAUGGUGUUGUUUGUGUUGGUGGAGAUGGAUCUGCAAGUGAAGUAGCCCAUGCUUUGCUUCUUAGAGCCCAGAAGAAUGCUGGAAUGGAAACAGAUGGAAUCCUGAGCCCUGUCAGAGCACAGCUUCCACUUGGCUUGAUACCAGCAGGAUCAACGAAUGUAUUGGCACAUUCUCUUCAUGGACUCCCUCACGUGGUAACUGCAACUUUGCACAUUAUAAUGGGACACCUUCAACAAGUUGAUGUCUGCACCUUUAGUACCAUGGGCAAACUUGUUCGCUUUGGGUUCUCAGCCAUGUUUGGCUUUGGUGGAAGAACUUUGGCCCUGGCGGAAAAGUAUCGAUGGAUGUCCCCCAGCCAACGGAGAGAUUUUGCUGUAAUUAAGGCACUGGCAAAACUCAAGCCAGAGGACUGUGAAAUAUCAUUUUUGCCAUUUAACAGCUCUUGGGAUAUGCAAGAAAGGAACCAAUCACUUUCAUCACUUUCAUUACCUUCAGACUAUAAUGAACAAUGGCAAACGAUCCAGGAUCAGUUCUUGAAUGUCAGCAUUAUGGCAAUUCCCUGUCUAUGUUCAGUGGCACCCAGAGGCUUGGCACCUAAUACCAGACUAAACAAUGGAAGUAUGGCUCUUAUAAUUGCACGAAACACUUCUCGGCCAGAAUUUAUAAAACAUUUGAAAACAUAUGCCGGUGUACAAAAUCAGUUCAAUUUUUCAUUUGUUGAGACUUACACUGUUGAAGAAGUAAGAGUUCGUCCUAGGAAUAGUACCAGUAGAUACAACCCAGAGGAGGAGGGCUCACAUGAAACGGCUUCAGAAGAUGGCUUCCCCUGGAAUGUAGAUGGUGAUUUAAUGUGGGUUACAUCUGAGGUCCAUGUGAGAUUGCAUCCAAGACUUAUCAGUCUUUAUGGAGGCACCAUGGAAGAGAUGAGUGAUGCUACAGUAACAUGUCAUUGUUUAAAAUAGUAAUGUGCAAACUACAAUUUCAAUAUGAAGGAAUAUGGU